CUGAGGGCCCUCGGAUUAGAUUGAAGUAUUUCGUGGGCCAAGCCUUUGAAGGUUCUUAUUAUUUGGACAAACCUUGAUUGAUUUUAAUUGCUGAAGUGCACGGUCGAUUCUAAAAACUAUUUCUGACAGAUUAGUAAUUGCCCGGUUAGGAGUUCGCAGUUUGUUCGGUGAAAUGGCGCGAAUAUAAGAGGUGUCUAGGUUUUUUUGAUAUGCCUCCGACCAUUCCCUAAGCCCUUUCCUCCGGGCACAUCCUUUCAAGCAUCUCCAAGUCUCACGUUAAGCUUCUUUUAUAUUUCCUAUAUUCCUCGAUGUGUGCUGAAUUUAGUAGAGAUCCGGUACUUCUAUUAAGUGAAUAAAAAUUUCGAAGCAUCAUCGGUUGUUGUUAUUGGGCCCAGCAAAAGGAUAAAAGAAGGAAUAUUCGUUCCAUCCUUCCCCUCUCACCACGCUGUUCUCGCCUUUGUCGCUGGAUUUUUUGUGACCUCUUUUUGUGUGAAAUAUUCAACAAUUUAUAUCCACCUAAAAGGGCAUAAAAAGGCGGUUCCUGAAUGCCGAAACAGCACGAUGAGAUUCGACUUGGCCUAUCGUUCAUAACGGGUGGAAAAAAAAGAUUCCCUACGAAUAUAUGUAUGCCCUUUAUCCCUUCAGAAAUGUAAUAAAAUUCUCGGUGGUGAGCUGUGCUUGGAAUAAACGUACAGUAGAAAAAUGGACACUAAGAGGGAAUAUAAUUGAGUGACGUGGAUUUGGUCGACUGGAGUUUUGAGGGAUUCGGGGGAUUCUGAGGAGUCGAAAUCAGCUCCAUUUGGUUGAUAUGGUUGGUGCCCUCGACCGCGGAUUACCAUCGCUAUUGUUCCCGAUAUCCCUUUAAUCAGGGUUGUCUGGGCCAAUGUGGAGGUCGUCUCAUUUCGGAAAGUGAAUGGUUUGAGGAGUGUUCAUUUCGCUUGUAUGAUCGGAAAAGUGAAGCCCUAAAAUCAAAGUUACAGAAUGGAUUUUCUUUACCACAAUUUCUUUAAGCGGGAGUGCGGUAGAGUGUUGUGACCAGAUACAAGUUUCGUGUAAUGUAAAAGUGAUGCGACAGCAAUUGCAAGGUGAAUAAUAUUUGUGAAAUUCCAUUUGGUUAAGGAGACAAAGUUCAUGCUUGGAUGUGAUUGUGAUUAGCCGAAAUUGUUUAAUGAAAAAGAUGGACAUAUGAAGCUGCAUAUGAGGGGCAACAGGCCCCACACCUCGGCCAAAAUGCAAGACCCAAUAUUAAACAACAAAAUGCUUUCACUUCAAGAAUGUAAUGAAACUGCGCUUCCAUGCAACGGGGAAAAAGCUGUUUUCUAGUACCAACAAGCUCACAAAUAUAACUCCAACGUUACACAACUGCAUCUACUCCCAGCCUGCGGAUUUAAGACUUCCGGAGAAGAAGAGGAAAUAUAUGUAGAAAACGGUCACAAUACACGCAGCCAGUCAGCAGCUAGGACUUCGUGACAACAGGCCCACAACAACAAAUAGGAAUAUUCCGAAUCAAACAGUCUCCAAUCUGCACAACGUAAUAAUUGGCAUCACACAAUUCUCCUGAGGAGUCUUCCAUAUUCUAGCAGGAUGGCAGCGAAAGCAUUAAAACACACCUACGAUUAUAUCCUGAUCGAUAACGGCAGCCCAGAUUCCUAUCUAAUAUCCUCCGAAGUGGACUCACCGUUUUUCCUUAACGGUUCUGUAUCAGGAGUGCCUUCGGCGUCUUCUUCACUAGGCGGCGGUUCCUUGAUUAAUGCAACGCAACUUGAGGAAGAAAGCAUCAAUAACACUUUAGUACUGUUGAAUAAUGGAUCCGGGACCAUCACGCUCGGCACUAACCAUUCUGCCGACUCGGAUGAUAUUGCAGAGCUUAUAAUAAUGGCAGCCACUUCAACGCUACUCGGCUUAAUGAUCCUAAUAACAGUUAUCGGCAACGUGUUCGUAAUUGCUGCAAUCAUCCUCGAGCGAAAUCUGCAGAAUGUUGCUAACUAUUUGGUUGCAUCCUUGGCCGUGGCGGAUUUGUUUGUCGCCUGCCUGGUGAUGCCAUUAGGUGCGGUGUACGAGAUUAGCAAAGGUUGGAUCCUAGGACCUGAACUGUGCGAUAUUUGGACUUCAUGUGACGUCCUCUGCUGUACUGCCUCCAUUCUCCACUUAGUUGCCAUAGCCACAGAUCGAUAUUGGGCUGUAACGAAUGUAGACUAUAUCCAUUCAAGGACGAGUCGCCGAGUGUUCACCAUGAUAUUCCUGGUGUGGUUUCUCGCGGUUAUUGUGUCACUAGCUCCACAAUUCGGGUGGAAGGAUCCUGAGUAUCUGCAACGAAUCGAACAGCAGAAGUGUAUGGUAUCCCAGGAUAUUUCUUAUCAGGUUUUCGCAACAUGUUGUACGUUCUAUGUUCCGCUUUUAGUUAUUCUAGCGUUAUAUUGGAAAAUUUAUCAAACAGCAAGGAAACGAAUUCAUAGGCGAAGGCCAAGACCAAUUGAUGUGACUGCAAAUAAUAACCAGCCUACACCACAGAAAAAGAAGACGCGUUUAAAAAUACGCCUAGCAUCGAAGUUCACCAGCCAAGGAAAGUCUGCCGUUUCAUCGUUAGGAUUAGUAGAGGGAAACUCCACGAACACCGUGAACACUGUGGAGGAUACCGAAUAUAGUAGUAAUGUCGAUAGCAAAAAGGGCAUCGAAGUGACGGCGUUCACCAAUGCAGAUGAGGGCGCCACAUCAUCAACUAGCCAAAUAUCAACUGUAUCGCACUUAGUAGCGUUAGCUAAUCAAACCAGUAACGAAAUGCAGAAAGCAAAUCAAAAUCAACUAGGAAUCGCUUCCAAUCUGCCACCCAAUCAAGAGCUUCCUGUUGCUUCCACGGCGGCCGCGGGUGGUGCAGCGUGUCCUGCAGCGACUACUGCUGCAAGCCCGACGCCCGCCCCGACACCAGCACCUCAUUCUCUGGCUGUGCACACCACAACGUCCUCAUCACAUCAAGGCUCCAACCAAGUGACGCCCGUCCCACAACAAAAGCAAAUACAUCAAAAGUCAAAUUUGGCGACACAGGUAAGCAAGCGGAAAGAAACCCUAGAAGCAAAGCGUGAGCGAAAAGCGGCAAAGACUUUGGCCAUCAUCACUGGAGCAUUUGUUGUCUGUUGGCUGCCUUUCUUUCUGAUGGCCCUGCUCCUGCCGCUAUGCGAGUCUUGCCACAUCAACGACAUGGUUGCGUCCUUAUUUCUCUGGCUUGGCUAUUUCAACUCAACGCUCAACCCUGUUAUCUACACAAUCUUCAGUCCAGAAUUCCGGCAGGCUUUCAAACGUAUCCUUUGUGGAACACAUCGUCCUGUUCACUAUCGCAGCGGGAAAAUUUAAUUGUUAUUUGUUAAGCUUUACUGUGUGUUCACUUGCCUUCCACCGAAGUGGUUUAUAUCACCUUAACUCCUCUUGAAUACAUUCUCUCAUAAAUAGGCUCCUUGCUAUUUUCUGUUCAUUCCUAUUGCGGCACUGCCUGCGGAACUUUCAUAUACAUGCAUCACAGAAUACCAUUUUCAGUUUUUCGUAUAACCAGUCUAAAGUAACAAUAGCAUUAUUUCACACUCACACUACCCCAAGCAACCACAGAUCACAGCUACAACAUAUCGCGGGGUCAAAUAAAGAAAUUCCAAGAAAUCAAUUUGUUGAGCUCCCCAUCUGAGAGAAAGUGUAAUCCCGACCAGCUGAGCGCCGCAAAGAGAAUAAUGCUAUUCCUAAUGUGACGAAAGUAGUAUCACAUACCAAAUGAACACGUAGAUCAUUGGUUUCACUUCUGCCGUUUGCCUGCAUAUUUGAAUAACUUCCCUCCUAUCCUUGAUCUCCCUUCAUCAUUCGAUAUCAUCAUGUAAAUAAAAAAGAGGAUAAGGCUUCAUCGUCUGGAUCUGAUGGCAGACGUUAUUUCUUCCUACCAAUCUCCAGCGUUUUCUUCGCCUGGUUCUUUAUGUGCUUAUCAACAUAUCAUACUUUCCCGCCGGCAUUCUCUACGGAUUCAGAUUGAAGGCAUCACGAAAUCCGCAAAUACUUCUUUCCGUCUGAAUCCGAGUUACCAUGCGAACGAGUCCCAGUUCCUAUCUAAAGUGAAAGGACUUUGAGAAAUCAUUCAAAUGCAUGAGAAAUCAUGACAAGGACUACUCCUGGGAAAAGUGCGUAAGCAAACAAAGCCAACAGAGAACAUUUAAAGAUGCCCUAGGGAAGGGGUUUGCGUUGCAGUCCUGGCUAAUGUAUGCUGGCCUUAGCAGCGGGAGGAUUCCCCGCAUAAUUUUUGUUUCUAUAAAAUGUUUAUAGUGAAGAUGCAGCGCAAAGAGUUUCUGGUAGAGAGUAGGGAAUUCCUCAAGGAAAUGAAUUGAAGUGAAAAAACAUUUUUGUUGUAAAAGCUUCAUUGCAUCCACGCUGCACAGAAGUUAAUUAAAACUUAUUUAUUCUGAAGGUUAUAUCUUAUUUGUAGUUGUCCUCAGUUUCGACUUUUUGCGACCCCAGUUCAUUAAUUUUGAAUCCCCAAGAAAUUUUAGAAACAAAUAACAUCCCCGAAGGAAUUUCCUAAAUUCCAUGCGUCGAUAAAUUUAGGAACGCAUCACCAGCCUAUUAUCCUGCCCUAGAAGUAAUUUAAAAUAUAAAGAGACUUCCAAAGUGUUCUAUAUUACUAUUUUUGACGGUAUCGGUCAUAGCCGUCAGAAUUCAGUUUCACAAGAAUACGUUGUGACAAUACAGUCCAUAAGGCAAA